GAGUUUUUGUGAUUGGAACUGCAGUGAUUCAUGAAAUUACGUUUGUGUGUGGCAGCCUCGUGCUCGCUGCUAUUGACCAUUUCGAUAUUUUUCCGACAAGCAAAAUACAGAAAUUACCCCAAAGUGAAAAGUGGGAUUUACAGUAGGUCUAACAUGCUGAAGCCAUAUGCUGUUACAAGAAGCCAAAUGUGUUAAAGAGGAUAGUCCUUGUUGUGGCUGUGAUUGCUGAAGAUGUUGGGCCAUAUUACAAACUUCAUAGCUUUGACUGCUCGUUACGACGUAUGAAUAUGCAUACUAGUUGCAAGAGGCAAUGACUUAUGAUUACAAGCUUUUUGCGUCGGUCUACAGUUUUAAUUGUAACAUGUCAGUAGCAGUUGACAUGCAGGUAGUAGCUAAUGCUUUUACGGUAUAGAUUCUAUGUGACUUCUUAUGCAGGCAAAGUACCCAGAUGGGAAACUGUUGAGACGUUGCUUGAAACAGCUGGCAUUUAAUCACUUUGUUUUGGAGCCACUUGGACUUCCCUUUUUGUACUACAUUGCAAAGGCAUCAGGAGUUCAAAUGACGUUUCCAUUGCCAUCCUGGUCUGAAGUAGCUGGCCAUAUUGUAAUUUGUGUGAUUGUGGAAGAUGCCUUAUUCUACUGGACUCACAGAUUGCUACAUGUACCAUUUCUCUAUCGUCGGAUACACAAGCAGCAUCAUCAGUUUUAUACUCCAAUUGGCAUGGCAGCAGAAUAUGCUCAUCCCUUAGAAUAUUUAUUGAGUAACUCACUGCCAUUCUUUACUGGGCCAUUUCUCACAGGCUGCCAUCUACUGACUAUGUGGAUCUGGCUGUUUAUACGAAUUGUAGAAAGUUUGGAUGGUCAUAGUGGCUAUGAUUUCUGGUGGGUGCCGUUCAGAUAUUUUCCAUUCAGACCAGGACCGGCUCUACACGACUUCCAUCAUUCACACAACGUCGGAAACUAUGGCUCGUUCUUUCAGUUCUGGGACUGGCUCUGCGGUACUGACAAAGUUUACAAAAGAUAUGUACAGGAAAUGAAAUCUGUAUCAAAAGUAAAGUAGACAUGUGGAUAUUUGGUAGCAGAUGUAAGGUACUAACAAAAUUUACAAGACAGCUGCAUUGGCUAGGUAUUACAUUUGUACCCAUCUCCAUCUCCCUUGUAGUCAGAAUUAGAUAUUGCACAUUUAUUAGUAGUCAACAAACGAAUGCUGUGGUGCUAAGAAUUGUGUGACA